AUGGAUACAGUAAUGUCAAAGAAAUUUGUUUCCGAAGAAGAAAUUCAGGAAGCACGCGAAAGGCGUAAGGCCGAAUGGAAAAGGGUGCUCGAAGAGGGGGGAGAAAAGUCUAAUAUUGAGGCAGCCAUAAAAGAAGAAGAAUAUGAUCCAAGGACAUUAUAUGAACGAUUACAAGAACAAAAAAUGAAAAAAGAGGAAAUGUUUCAGGAAAUGACGCGAUUUAGUAACCUAAUUCACAGACUUGACGAGGAUGAAAUAGAUUUUCUAGCUGCUUUGGAGACCGAAGAGCGCAAUAAAGAACUGAAUAAAUUACAGAAAGAAGAGGAGGAGUUAAAAGAAUUCAGGCGUGCCGCGAUUGAAGCUGAAAAGAAAGCGGCAUCAAUUAUUAGUAUAAUACCAACAGCAGCAACGACGACGACGGAUCAACAACAAACAGAUGCUCAACGAAUGAUACUUGAAGGCGCUGUUAAGCGAAAAAACAGUACCAAAACGCGUAAAAAAUCUUUGAACGAGACAGAUCCUCCUGCUCCUGCUGCUGUUGAUGGAAAAAAUCCAUCAUCAUCACCUCGACAUUUGGAUAAGCGGAUUAAAUUAGAUGAAUCAUCAACGUUAAAAACAGAAAAGGUUAAAGAUAAAUCCGUGAAAGAAUCUUCAUCUACCAAAAAAAUAGCCAAUUCAAAAUCUAAUCCUCUAGCAUCUAUACUGGCAUAUAGUGAAGAUAGCGAAGAUGAUAAUAGCAAUUAA